CAGCACCUACUCGUCAGCUGUAUCCCCGUUUGGGAUCAGGAUUCGAACCAAAGGCCAUCAUGCAGCAGGCCCGGACUUGACGUCAUGGUCAUACUGGUUGACUGCAUGCUUACAUGGCCCCUGCCGGACUGCCUGCCCACCAUGUCGCGCGCCUACACACCAUCCUGUCCGCUGCUUCAUUUAUAACCGCAUUGACGCUCGGGCUGUCGGGCCACUACAAGAAGAUCGUCAAGAACUCUGUCGCAGGAUACCCUCAAGAGUUCUUUCCGUCCGUCUCUGCUACGAUCGGAGACUGGUAUCCCGAGCGCAACAUCUUCCAGAUCCUCAUCGCGUUCACGUCGGGCCCGCGCAUCGUGCUGCUGUGGUUGCUGUACACGGUCCACCGGUCGGGCGCCAAAUCGGAAACUGCGCGGCUGCCCGGCUUCACCCUCGCAUGCGGGGCGCUGCGGACGUUAUGCUGCGGUGGAUGGGUGUAUGUCACGUCGUACGACGACCACGACGUUCACGACUUUUUCAUGAUCGCGUACAUGGUGCUUAAUAUCCCCUGGAUGAUCGGGUGUGUCGUGCAAGCUUCCGACGCGACGCGGAGGAAACGUAUCGCCGUGGCUUCCAUGUUCUUCCUCGCCAUCGUCCCCAUGGUCUACUUCUUCGUCCAGCACCAGGUCUUCCGCGUUCCCGGGGCGUAUUCGUUCUACGGGAUUUUCGAAUGGAGCUUGAUCGUCUUCGAUGUGUACUUUGAUUCAUGUGGUGAGAUAGAGCUACGGGAGGCGGAUAUCAAGAUCCUUCUCGGGAGCAAGUCAGACAAAGUUGCUGUGGCGCCGAAGACAGAAAAGAUUAUUCCAGUGCGUUGCCUUCGGAGCCUGCAAAACAGGCUGCCUCUCAGAAGGAGGUGACUGUAACACCAAAAACAUCAAUCCGUUUCUCGUCGUUAGUUCAGUACAAGCCAGUCUUGUCGUUUGCAUCGUCGGUGUAUCUAUCUUACGUUUUCUGGUCCAUCUUCACCUCGCUUAUUCCCACACUAUUCUACUUUUCUGUAUGGGAACUAGGGAUCUCUGGGCACGAGCUCGCACUGCUGGGCACCCUCUCUCCCAUCCUACUGACUGUUCCAGGUGUUUUCUCGUGGAUCCAAAGCCGUGAAGGGAGCGCGACGCUUCAACUAACUUCCCUGCUGGCUCUGGGUGCAUAUGCUUCGAAUAAACCGGCCCAUCGGCUGAUUGCCGUGUUUUUGGGUUGUGCCGCUGCGGUCCUGAAGCAGGCAGCGGAGUGGGCUACAGCAGAUACUAGCGUUGUCACCGGACUUGGACUGAUGCUUUCUUCACUUUCGAAACACGCUAAUCACUCGAACAAUCCUAUCUGGCCCCUUGUCAAUGCUGAAUCUGGCGGAUGGAAUAAGACCGGCAUUUUGCUGGCGGUGUUGGCUAUCUACGAGCGAUGGCUUAAUCCGAUGCCUCAGCCCAAGUCUCAAGCAGCCACGCCCUCUGGAAGACACUGGGCGACUGCUGCGAUCCCACUCGGCGGCCUGAUCUUCACUCUGCACAGCUGUUUUUCGGAUCCGAGCACGCUGAUCGUCUGGUCCUGGACAGGCUACGAAAACUCGCUGCCCCGAGGCCCACUGCCGCAUGUCCAUGGUGCACUGACGCUCCUCGCUCAGGGUGUGGGACUGCUCCUCGCCCCAUCCUCUUUCCCAACACACCCCGGCUGGUUUUUGUACGGCGCUCUGUCAACCGCAGUGCUUUUCACCUACCGCAACUGGCUGGGGUACAUCGGCGGCUUGAAUCUGGCUGUCUUUGCGAUGUCUGGCAUGCCGUCUAUCCUGUCACGCGCGGGCGCAGCUGCACGUGAGCAUGGGCCGGGGCGCGUGUACUUUGCUGCGAUGCUUGUGUACGCCCUGUUGGGCGUGUCGAGCGUGUGGACCGUGGCGUAUGCCUUUGUGCCUGGUGGGAUGUAUUUGAGAGAGCGGACAGAUCUUGUGCUGAUGGCGCAGAUGGCUUGCAUAUCGCUUGCGUUCCGGAGAUCGAGUCCCAGUCAAGGGUCGCCCAGCAACACGGGUUUGUCUCGAGCGGUAUUGGCUCUGUUUGCGAUUGCUUCGCUUCUGGUCACCCUCUAUCGCACGCCUAGCGAAUUCCCGAGACCGUUCAAGCCGGGUCCCCGGAUUCUGACGGCGGGGAUAUGGACGCUGCAUUUUGGUAUGGACAAUGAGGGGCGAGACAGCCAGCGCUUGGUCAGAGAUGUCGUGCGGGACAUGGAGUUGGACGUCGUUGGGCUGCUCGAGACAGACCUCCAUCGCAUCGUCUUUGGCAACCGUGAUCUGACUCGAGUGAUCAUCGAGGAGAGCGGAUAUUACGUGGAUAUUGGACCCAGCACCUUGUCACAUACAUGGGGCGCUGUCCUCUUGUCAAAAUUCCCGAUCGUCAACUCGACGCACCAUCUGCUUCCCUCACCGCACGGCGAGCUUGCACCCGCCAUCGAGGCCGUCCUGGACGUAUUCGGGACCUAUGUCACCGUGGUCGUCGCACACAACGGGCAGGAAGAGGACCCUCUGGACCGAGAACUGCAAAGCACGGAACUGGCGCGAAUCAUGCGCGCUGCUCCAGGUCCAGUCAUAUUCCUGGGCUAUGUGGUCACGAAACCUCUCGCUGCGCGUCGUGAGUGGCGAAGCAUAUUGUUUUCGGCCCGACACCGCAGAUUAAGAACGCUCGCAGCUUCCCCGUACGAGAUUCUGGUGCAGGACGGGAACGUGUUUGACGUCGACCGCGACGACUGGGAUCGAUGGUGCGAGUACAUAUUCUACCGAGGCUUGUACCGGACCGCCUACGCGCGCAUCUCGCGCGGCAAGGUCACCGACACGGAACUCCAAAUCGCGCGGUUUGUUGUCCCGCCGUUCGGAACGCAAGUCGUGGACGACUCGGACGAGGCACGCUACCUGCGCUCGUUCAAAGAGGACCUGCCGGUCGAUCACUGGUUCACGAUGGACUAUUACCAGGAAAAUGGCGGCAAGGCGGGGCAUGUGUACCAUGUCUUCGGCACGCCGUUGUACUACAAGUUGCCAGCGUAGGUACUUGUGUUGUCAUGUAGUAGAUGUAGUGAUGUACACGAUGUAUUGUUCAACUGAGUGAUCGCGGUGUCUCACGAGAGCUCAUCAGCUUUGGUGAAAGGGUAACGGACACCCUCCGUAUUGUGGUAAAAGCGAUUUCGCUGGAGAGUUGGAACGAAUUCGUACAGCUUCUGUAUUACUAUUGCUGUUCCCCGUGAGUGUUAUAAUACACGCAUUACCGAGUUUCCGUAGAGAUCCACAUGAUCCACAACAUUCAGAUGCGACGCUCGUCGCCAUCUGUGUCUUCCUCGUCACCCUCUUCCUCCUCCUCCUCCUCUUCAUCUUCAUCUUCCUCUUCCUCUUCCUCCUCGUCCUCGUCCUCCGACUCCGACU